CCGGCUAAGCGGAAAAGCCCGUGGAGCAAACAUCGAGGCAGAGCUGGAGGGGUAUCUGGGCUGCUCGCCGUUACAGACUUGGAAAACCGGGGCUUAUGUCACAGCAGCUCUCUAUAUAGUGUUGCUUACCCUUUUUAAUAUUUUUUAUCUUUUUUUAACCCUUAUGGCAGCGACAGGACGCCGGGACUCCUCUGCAGAACAAGCAGGCUUGUUCUCCUCAGUCAGCCACUAUGGCUCCACAGAAAGCAGCGGAGAACACGACCGUCCGACAAACAGCAACGGCAGCAACCAUAACAAGCCGAACAUUCCCACGCCGGCCGCAGGCCACUGGGUCAGUGCCAAUCAAGAGGAGGAGGACAUGCGCAGGAAGCUCAAGUACUUCUUCAUGAGUCCGUGUGAUAAAUAUCACGCCAAAGGACGUAAACCCUUCAAGCUGGUCCUGCAGCUGCUCAAGAUCGUCAUUGUCACAGCUCAGUUAACCGUGUUUGGCAUCAGCAACCAGGUGGCCGUCACCUUCAAGGAGGAGAACACCAUGACGUUCAAGAACCUCUUUCUCAAAGAGUACGAUCCGUCAUCUGAUGACUCCUUCGCUGUUUACACCCAGAAGGACGUCUACGACCACAUGUUUUACACUAUAGAAAAGUAUCUCACCUUACCCGAGACCACAGUGGGGCGCUACGCCUACGUCUACAACGCCGGUGUGAAUGGCAGCGCCCUCUCCCUCUGCCAACAGUACUACAAGAAGGGACAGAUCGAUCCGGCCAACGACACGUUCAACAUAGACCCUCUGGUCGUCACAGACUGCAUCGGGGUGAAUCCUCUGUCUGUCCCCCAAACUCAGCUCACCAGCAGCUACAAGAACUUCACGCUCAAGUUCCACAAAUUGAUUAAUGUCACCAUACAGUUCCAGCUGAAGGCCAUUAAUAUACAGACCAUCAUCAACAACGAGAUACCAGACUGCUACACUUUCCACAUUACAAUAGUGAUGGACAACCAGGCUCACAGUGGCAAGGUGAAAAUCUGGUUAGAAAACAAGGCGAUGAUACGGGAAUGUAAAGACCCAAGUGUCUCUGGUCACGCUGAGAGCUAUGCACGCGUAGCGUUUGACGUGACGGUGGCUCUGGUGUGCCUGCUGUCCCUGAUCCUAUGUGGGCGCUCCCUGCUGCGAGGCGUCAUGCUGCAACAGGAGUACGUGCGGUACUUCAAGGAGUCUCUGGAUCGUAAAGUGUGCUGGACGGACCGGCUUGAGUUUAUUAACGGCUGGUAUAUUCUUCUCAUCAUCAGCGACAUCUUUACCAUCACAGGCAGCUUCAUCAAAAUCGGCAUUGAAUCAAAGACCAUCUCAUCCUAUGACAUCUGUGGCAUCCUACUGGGGACCUCAACCCUUUUGGUGUGGGUGGGGGUCAUUCGCUACCUCACGUUUUUCCAAAAGUACAACAUUCUCAUCAUCACACUUCGAGCGGCGUUUCCCAAUGUGAUUCGCUUCUGCUGCUGCGUAGCUGUCAUCUAUCUGGGUUACUGCUUCUGUGGCUGGAUCGUACUCGGACCGUACCACGUGAAGUUCCGCUCCCUGUCGAUGGUGUCGGAGUGCCUCUUCUCCCUCAUCAAUGGGGACGACAUGUUUGUGACGUUCUCGGAGAUGCAGGAGAGCAGCACUCUGGUGUGGGUGUUCAGCCAGCUCUACCUCUACACCUUCAUCUCCCUGUUCAUCUACAUGGUGCUGUCUCUGUUUAUCGCUCUCAUCACUGGAGCCUACGAGACCAUUAAGCACCAAACCCAAGAAUCGAUGCACAUCACAGAUUUGCACGCCUUUAUAGCAGAGUGUACAGAUGCACCAACCUCUGGGAAGUUCAGGGGAGUGGAGACGUCUCCCUGCUCCUUCUUCUGCUGCUGUGACCGGACAACAACAUAUGAAGACGUCCUGCUGGUAAACUGAUGAUGGCAGCAGGAUCGGCCCCCCCUGCUGCCCAGUGGUGCGUAUUGCACACAUAAGAAAAAGCGCCAUCUGUACAUCAGAGAUGUUCUGGUGCAUCACACGUUCAGCACAAAGAAAAGUCUCCAUCGGCUGGACCUGGAUCCUACAAAAGGAACUACGCUCUCCUGCUGGAGCCUCUCUUUCCCAUUUUGUUGAGUCCAUCAGGAAGAGACUGAGAACUGAUGAGGAGCUGAACCUUUCUGCUGUACCGGCAUCACAGAGCAGCCCCGCUCGAUGACCACCGCACAAACAGUUCUGUUAGUUUCUAUUGUUUUGUUUUGUUUUUAGAGCAAAACUCAGUGUUUUAUUCCGUGGUUAUGAUUGCACAUUGCUGAAGCAGCGUCAGCAGCACCGACUGCUGGUCCAAAACCAAGUGGACAAAAGUUUUGCAAAUCUCUGGUACUGCAAACAUGGUUCUAAAUGUUUUUUAUGUCCUUUUAUUACUUUCUUUUUUUUUUUCUUUUUUUUUUUUACUAUUUUAUAAAAUUUCAGAUUAUGCACAUUUUACACCCAAUUUUACUUAACGCUAUGUUUUACUAGAUUUUGUGAGCUAGGAUAAAAAUUCAUGAGACAUUUCACGAGAAUGAGGCUAAAAAAAAUCUAUUGUCCUGAAACAGAAUAUGAGACGGAGCAUUUGUUAGUUUUCUUCUGACUCAGAAUGAAGCAGCAUCAGCAUCGUUGUUGUUCUGCGUCCUCAGCCCGGCCUCCCGCUGCAGCACAGCGCGCGCCGCGCACAACCAGACGCACUCCCUCCAUCAGCAGACUGUGUUGAAGUUAGGGUUGUUCUCCAAACCCAUGUGCAGCGUUUUCUUUUUAAUGAUGCCAAAACAUUCUGCAGACUCUGGUACUUCGUUAUGUAGAAGUUAAAAGGUUUACAAACGACCCCACCCUCUUUCCCCUGUAGAGAGAGGACCCUGACGGCCAUUAGCAAAUUGGAUCUGACCUGAAUGGGUGAACUUGGAUUAGGAAACAAUGAGAGAAACCGAUGGCAGCAGACAGCUAACAAUGCCUUGUUAUUGUGAAUUAGUACCUUUUUGUUUUUUUCUCUUUUUUUAUAAGGCUGCCUUGUCAACAACAGAUGUCCUGUUGGAGGACUGAAUAAAGUAGCUUUUCUUUUGUUUUCCUCUGUUGUACGCACAAUAGUCUGAGGAGUCUCAGGGUGAAGACGCCAAGCUGUGUUUGGUGAAAUCUUUGGUCCAGUAAGGACUGGGCUAACGAACAAUGAAGUGUUUCAUUUCAUGUUCUGUCCAACAUAUCAGCAGAACCACCGGUUAAGCUAAUUAUGACGUUGGAUGAUAGAUUAAGAAAAUAUAUAUAUAUUAAAUGCCUUUUUUCAGUGGCUUUAAAUGAAGGAUGUUAUACCUCUGUGUGUGUAUUUUACUACCAAGAUGUAUUGUUGGUGUUGAUGUGCCUGUACUGUACUUGACACAUAGUUUGAAUUGUUUGUAAUGAUGCCCUUCCAGUAGCUAGAUUACUAAUUAAACUUUCUGGGUUAUCUGUGA